UGGUACACUCCGGUAAAUUUUCCGUAGGGCAGCCCUUGCUUGCAUGAGGUUCAAGUUUAUCAAAACGACAACGGGGCAAACGGCAACCGACAGUUUGCAGACGUCUGUAAUCUGCAUGAGGAUAUCUGCAUUUGCUUGCAGAAAAGCAGUGUGUUGUCAAAGCAGAAGGAGCAGGAUGACACUGGAUUUGAAAUGGCUCCUCAACGCAUGGGAUCCAUGCCGAGCUGGGCAGGCGGAAUCACUUCGGCCGGCGUGUCCAACACCUUGUUGUUCUUUCCAGGUGCAGUGAUUGAUACUAGGGCCAACAGCAACACCAGGCGCAAGGAGGGGCUCACUUCGUUUGUGUGCAGGUGUACUAUGGUGGUUCAGUUCUACCAGUUGCGCGUUACUCCAACGGCGUUUUCGGAUCCCGCUAGCUACGGCUGCCAGCCUUCUGCUGUGUACGACAGGCUUCUUUCAGGCACCUGGCUAAGGCGGAGAUCGGCGGAAGAUGAAGCAGAAGGUAUUGCAGAGCUGCAACCAAGGCGCAAAUGCCUUCACUAUGAUCUCGAACAUGAUCGUGUUCCAGACCAGCGCUUAUGUCGACGUUCUGACAGGCAAAAUGACUGUUUGCUGAUUCCUCAGCUUCCAGGGCAUGAGCCAUUUGGAAUAGGAACAGGAAUAAUGAAUGUGCGUUGGUAGCCAUAGAUGGAUAAUCUUCACCGACACUUAGACAACUUUCGAGAGGCAAUCUAGAGAUGCCGGCGUUUU